AUGACUUAUAGAAGUAGUAGAUUUUUAUCUACAUCUCGCAGAAUUUUCCAAACAUCAGUUCCCCCAACUUCAUCAAUUCCCCCCAAAUCUAAAAGAAGUGCAAUUAGAACAGUUUGGAGUUAUACUAAAGGUAUAACUGCAUUAUCUUUACUUGGUGCUGUUGGUCUUGUAUCUUAUAAAGUUUAUAAUGAAUCUCAACCUGCAAAUCAAUUACCUCAAGUUUCAACUUUUGAAACUGGUCAAAAGAAGAAAACUUUAGUUAUUUUAGGUUCUGGUUGGGGUUCAAUUUCUUUAUUAAAGAAUCUUGAUACUACUUUAUAUAAUGUUGUUGUUGUAUCUCCAAGAAAUUAUUUCCUUUUCACUCCUUUAUUACCUUCUUGUCCAACUGGUACUGUUGAAUUAAGAUCUAUUGUUGAACCAGUUAGAUCAAUUACUAGAAGAUUACCUGCUGAAGUUAUUUAUUUAGAAGCUGAAGCUACUAGUAUUGAUCCUGUUAAUAAUGUUGUAACUAUUAAACAAUCUACUACUGUUCAUUCUGGUCAUUCUGGUAAGGAUACUUCUUCUUCUAAAUCUACUGUUGCUGAAUAUACUGGUGUUGAUGAAAUUACUACUAAAUUAAAUUAUGAUUAUUUAGUAGUUGGUGUUGGUGCUCAACCUUCAACUUUUGGUAUUCCUGGUGUUGCUGAACAUUCUACUUUCCUUAAAGAAGUUAAUGAUUCUGUCACUAUUAGAAGAAGAUUAAUGGAUGUUAUUGAAGCUGCUAAUAUUUUACCAAAGGGUGAUCCUGAAAGAAAGAGAUUAUUAUCUAUUGUUGUUUGUGGUGGUGGUCCAACUGGUGUUGAAGUUGCUGGUGAAUUACAAGAUUAUAUUGAUCAAGAUUUACAAAAAUGGAUGCCAGAAGUUGCUAGUGAAUUAAAGGUUUCUUUAGUUGAAGCUUUACCAAAUGUUUUAAACAUGUUCAAUUCUAAAUUAGUUGAAUAUACUAAACAAGUUUUCUCUGAAACUAAUAUUGAUUUAAGAACAAAUACCAUGAUUAAGAAAGUUAGUGAUAAGGUAGUUAUUGGUACUCACAAGAAAGAAGAUGGAUCUACAGAAACCGUUGAAAUUCCUUAUGGUGUUUUAAUUUGGGCUACUGGUAAUGCACCAAGAGACAUUACUCGUGAUUUAAUUUCUAAAGUUGAAGAACAAAAGAAUGCUAGACGUGGUUUAUUAGUUGAUGAAAGAUUAUUGUUAGAUGGUUCAGAUAAUAUUUUUGCUUUAGGUGAUUGUACUUUUACUAAAUAUGCUCCAACAGCUCAAGUUGCUUUCCAAGAAGGUAUUUUCUUGGCCAGUCACUUUUCAAAAUUAGCUGAAAUUGAUUCUUUGAAAUAUACUCUUUCUAAUCCAACUCCUGAAGAUAAUGUUGACAGAUUAACCAAGAAAUUAAAUAAAUUAGAAGAAAAAUUACCAAUUUUCCAUUACAGUCAUCAAGGUUCUUUAGCUUAUAUCGGUUCCGAAAAGGCUGUUGCCGAUUUGGUUUGGGGUGAUUGGUCAAAUGUUACAUCUGGUGGUAGAUUCACUUACUUAUUCUGGAGAUCUGCAUAUAUUUACAUGUGUCUUUCUGUCAGAAACCAAAUCUUAGUUUGUUUAGAUUGGGUUAAAGUUUCCUUAUUCGGAAGAGAUUGUUCCAAGGAAUAA